AUGGGCAAAUACAACCUCACAGCCCUCCGGGUUCGUCAGACAGCCCUCUCGCAGAAAGCCGCCGGGAAGAUCAAGCGACUGCCGCAAUGGGUUGAUGUCAUCGGCGAUAUCCCGCCUGCCCAGGUCCUCGUCCGGAACCAGCCGCAACAACACCAGCUGGUCCGCCAGCGCGUGAAAACGCUCCCCGGAGCUUCGAAGCCGCAGGUCGUCUUUGAAACGGAAGAGAAGCGCGUCAAGCCGAAGAAAGCCAGUCGCAUGUUCCAGCCGGUUCAGAUUAAAUUCGAGGAGGAUCAAUUGCGAAAGGAAUUUUUCCGCGACCACCCCUGGGAGCUUGCGAGACCUCGGGUUCUGGUCGAAACCAGUGGCAAGGACUACGAGAGAUACGACUGGAGCCGACUCCAGCAGCCAGGGAAGCGCUUGGAUGGUGAGAGUGUCGUCCAACGUCAACUAUGGCUCCUGAAUAAUGUUCCCGACAUGACGAAGAGUGCCGCCUACGAUAUCGCCCGUCGCGAAUUCUACCGUCUCCGUUUACAGGAGGAUAUCGAACGACGAGUGGCUGCCGAAGAAGCCGAAGCUACCGGAGCUACUUUCGGACCGACACGUUUAGAGAUCGGUAUGGAACUCGAGAACCAGGAGUACGAACGUUGGAAGCAAUGGGCCAAGAUGGAGGCCCAGAUUCAGGAGCAGCGUGCCGCAUCAUUCACCGGAUCCGCUCUCCCUAGUAGCGAGGAGAGCGCCCCCGUGGAUGAAGAAACCGAGAAGGUCCCUCAACAGGUGUGA